UGCAGUCCUCACCGAAACGUACUUUUCAAAUGUUGUCGCUUUAAGUCUGUUACAGGUACUAUGAUGUCUAUGAUGAGCGCUAAAACAGAAAAGUAUUUGUUUUAAAAUUGUGCAGUAAUAAAAACAACAACAAUAUUAAUGAGUAUAAGUACUGAAGCAGCAUCGUGACACAAAUCAAGGCAAGGACAUUAUCAUCAAGAGAUCAAGGAAAAGGUGAAGAUACAAAGGGUAAUUGUAAUGUGUGUUUAUCAGUCGGCAGCCAGCAGUCAAACACACUCUGCACGUUAGUUUUUCGAAUAGGACGCAACGACAUUAUAAGGAUGAAGUCGAAGGACGUCGAUGAAAAAGAUGUGAAGCGGUCAGCAGAAGAAAUGGACGAGAUCAGACAGAGGACAUUGGCUUACGAAUAUUUGUGUCAUUUGGAAGAAGCUAAAAAAUGGAUGGAAGCAACUUUAAGGGAGCAAUUACCUUCUACCACAGAAUUGGAGGAAAAUUUAAGAAACGGGGUGUUUUUAGCAAAACUUGGCCACUUUAUGGCUCCCGAAAUUUUGCCUCUCAAUAAAAUAUAUGAUAUCGAUCAAAAGAGGUAUGCAGUUGCUGGAUUGCAGUUUCGUCACACGGAUAAUAUUAAUUUUUUUUUAAAGUGUCUGAAAUCCAUGCAAUUGCCUUAUACAUUUCAACCCGAAACCACUGAUAUUUAUGAUAAGAAAAACAUGCCUCGUUUAAUUUAUUGUAUUCAUGCCUUAAGUACUCACUUGUUUAAAUUGGGAAGAGCAACGCAAAUUCAAGAUCUUUAUGGAAAAGUUAACUUUACUGAUGAGGAAAUAGAUACCGUCAGCAGAGAGUUACAAAAAUUAGGCGUAAAAAUGCCUGCUUUUCAAAAAAUUGGUGGAAUUCUAACAAAUUGUAUGGAAGGCGAUAUCGCUGCAUUACACGCGGCAGUUAUAACAAUCAAUCAAUCUUUGAUACACCAAAAUAAAAAAACCAUUUUUUCUCUACUUCAAAACCCUGCGGCUCAAUUACAAAAUGUGAAUCCCGACUAUGUCGACUUCUACUUCAACAUUUUAAUUAUUGCGAAAGAGAAAAAAGCCGAAGCUGCACUGAACCGAUCUUUGAAUGACAGUUAUGUACCAGACGCCUAUGAUGAACUUUUAACCCAAGCAGAAAUUCAAGGGCACAUUAAUAACAUCAACAUACAAUGUGCCUUGGAUGUUUUAGACGAUUGCAUUAGGCAAGAUAAAAAAAAUAUUUCAUCAGUUUUAAAAAGGCCGGAUUUGCAGCUGCAGCAUGUCAUUGAAAAAAAUGAUGACUUAUACACAAAACAUUUAAAGACAUUAAUAGAUGGUAUUGAUUGGCAACAUCGACUCUUAGAAGAAAGUUCGCGUUGGCAAAAGAAAGUACAGGAAAUUAUUAUUUCUGCCAAUGAUGUUGCUGAUGAAUUAAACCAACGCAAGGAAAUUGUAAGACAUCUCAAUCACGUUUUGGAAAGUGGGUCGGAAAAGGAUUUUUAUAGAGUUUUAACAAAUCCAAAAUUAAAAAUCUCUAAUAUGGUCGACGAGUUUGCAAUUCCACUUUAUUACGAAGAAAUGAACAUAGAUCAUUCGGAAUCCCAAAUGGAUUUGCUUUAUGACGAUAUAGUAGUCAGCAUCCGCGUGUUGACUGCAAUUGCUAACGUUACCAAAGCCGUUGAUACAAAUAAUCCCGAUUUGGUUUAUAGAUCUUUGAAUUGUUCAGAUGUACACAUUAAUGGUCUUGAAGAAAACAAUAAAGUGAAAUAUUUAAGAGGGCUACUGACCAUUCGUAAUGAAAAAAAAAUUAAGAAGGAAAAAUGCCAAUUAUUGACAUACAGCGAUAUACAAGACUGCAUCGAUUUUGUUAAUGAACAAUGUGCAGAAGAUAACAAAGCGGUUGAUAUUUUACAAAGAUUAAACAAAGCUGUACAAUUCAAUAAUAAAGUUGAAAUGUUGCAAGCUUUAGAAGAAAUUAAUGUGAAAUCAGAUAAGUCCACGUCCUUAAUGGAUUCCUCCUUGUAUAUGAAAUUGUUUAGACAAUGCUUGAUCGAUAAACACUCGGAUGGAUCUGAGUUGUGGUUGGAAGAUGUUGAAGAUAUUGUAAAAACAGUGUUAUUAGAAAAAUCGCAUAUCGAACGGAUGUGUUCCAUACUUCACUACGUCAAUGCGAGUAUUGAAAAAAAUGAUGUAUCCCUGAUGAUUAAGGCUUUAAAAUUGGAAGAUGUACAACUACCUGAGAAGCAUAGUAUCGCAUACUUUGAAUUUUUAAGGAAUUUGAGAGCAGAAAAGCAAAAGAAAUUUUCAUCUCCAUUUGUAAAGUAUACAACCUCAUUGGGCAACACUGCGUUUUUAGAUAUCGAAAAAUCUUUGUACACAUGGGAUACUCCAAAGGAUACGGGUGAAACGUACUUCAUUACUAAAGAAGAUCUAGAGGUGAUAUUAAAAGACGUGACGAAAAACAACUGCGAUAGCAAAAUAUUCAGGGAAAAAGAAUUGACGAAUACAAUCAUACUUCUGCAAGCUUACAUACGGGGCUAUCUUGUUCGUAAAAGAUGUGCAGAAUAUGUAGGAAAAAUUAUAAAGAUCCAAGCUUGGUGGCGUGGAGUUUUACAAAGACAAAUUUUUUCCAAAUGGCUAACAAAUGGCCAAGUACCGAGAAGUGGAAAAAACAAUGAGAAAACUCUUAAUUUUAUGGAUUAUUACGCGGCGCACGAAAGUAAAAUUAUUAAAAUUCAAGCUUUAUGGCGCGGACGUUUGACCAGACAAGCUUUUCACUCGCUUUUGCGCCUAGACAAGCCUCCAUUCUCCAUAGUCAGGCACUUUGCUAGUAUUUUAAAUUUUACUGCCCAAGAUUACGAUAAAGAUCUACAGCUGCAGCAAUUAAAAAACGAAGUGGUAAAACUUAUCAAGCACAAUCAAAACCUUGCACAACAAUUGGAUGACAUGGACAUAAAAAUAGGCUUGGUCAUUCAAAAUCGAAUAGCCUUGCAGGAUUUGGUUGCACACGGAAAAAAUUUGGAGAAUUUAACAAAGGACAAGCACGUUUUAUUGAAAGAAAAUAAAAAUGUUUCAUCUGAUGCGCAUUGCUCUCUGAAAGGCCUGAAAUCAUUGACGAAAGAAGGUCGCAGGAUGCUCGAAGGCUAUCAGCAUUUGUUCUAUGCUCUUCAAACGAAUCCUGCAUACUUGUCAAAGCUCCUUUUUCUUUUGCCGCACAGUAAACUAAACAAAUUUUUGCACGAUAUGAUUUUGAAACUGUUCAAUUACGGCUCUAAUUCGCGAGAGGAGUAUUUAUUAUUGAAACUUUUGGGAACUGCCUUACAAGAAGAGAUAAGGUGUAAAUUUCAAAAACCAAUGGAUGUUGUGAGCGGAAAUCCUUUGGUUUUAAAGAUGGCAGUAGCUUACGCGAGGCAAUUACAUGGCCAACGAUCUUUGAGGGAUAUUCUUGGACCAAUAAUUAAUAAGAUUCUUGCUGAUAAAACGAUCAUGAUAGAAACGAAUCCCGUGGACAUUUACAAGUCGUGGAGAAAUCAACUUGAAAUGGAGACUGGUGAAACCUCAGAUCUACCGUACAACGUUACUUCGGAAAAAGCACUGCAAUACGACGCGGUGAGAAAAAGAUUGGACAACGGAAUGAGAUUACUUCAGAAGACCGUUUUGGAUUUACUGAAUAGAAUUAUCACGUCUCGAGAUUUAAUUCCGUAUGGCAUGCUGUACAUGGCUAAAGUAUUGAACCACACUCUGACUGAAACGUUUCCAGGUACUCCUGAGAAGGACAUAUUGAAGGUUGUUGGCGAUUUCAUUUAUUAUCACUAUAUCAAUGCUGCCAUUGUUGCACCCGAUGCAUACGAGAUUGUGACUCUAACAGUCGAUAGAUCACUUUCCAAUGACCAGAGAAGAAAUUUGGCUAGUAUUGCAAAGAUUUUGCAAUUCGCUGCGUCGAAGAAAGGAUUUGGUGAGGAAGCGAAACAUCUUGUGUGUUUGAAUCCAUUUAUUGUUGAAUGUCAUGAAAAAUUCAAAAAAUUCUUCCGACAUUGCUGUCGUAUCCAAGAACUUGACGAGCGCUUUAGUAUGCACGAAUACACGGAAGUUACCUUGAUCCACAAGCCAGAGAUUGCAAUAUCUCUUCAAGAUAUUUGCGAUACUCACUGUCUGCUGCUUGAUUACGAAGAUCAGAUAGCUCCGGAUCGAGAUGAUCCUAUUCAUGAAUUACUAGAGGAUUUGGGCAAUGCUCCGAGUGUAGCAUCGUUAAUUGGAUUAAACGAGACUGAUGCGAAUGAAACGAAUGUCGCUCGAAUAGCCAAAAAAGAAGUCUACCUUGUUUUAACGAAUAAAUUUGAGGUGCCUGACAGUGACGAUACUAAUUACAGCAGAUUAUUUAUCAAGACGAAAGAACUGCUUGUGUCAAUCAUGGAAUUUUUAAGAGGUGAAACUCUGGUCGAAGCAUUAGAAACUGAAACGCUGGAAUGCCUCGAAAAUGCUUACGCCAAGAAAAAUAUGAAUUUUGCUUUCAAAACGCUAGAUUGCAACAACCUAUCAUUGAGCGAUUGCAAACGUCAGCUCAACACAUAUCUGAACAAAUUGCAAUUGAGCGGACUUGUUGCUCGAGAAGACGGCUAUCAAACGAUCGUAACCGCGGUAGCCAGAGAUUUAUGCAAUAAAAGCCACUACAGGGUUUUGAGAAGCAAAGAAUUGAAGAUGCUUCGUAGCACAAAGCAACGUUUGGUGGAAAAAGAGCAUUAUUACAGAGAACAAGUAAAAUAUUACAGCGAGUACAUCAGGAGAUGCUUGCAAAAUCUCAAUGCUGGAAAAGGAACAAUGCGUGCACUAAAGAAUAGGGAAAAAAAUGGUCACAUGAAACUCAAGUCCAAGAAUACUCUCAAGUAUUCAGCUGCAAAACUUCAAGAAAAGGGCAUUCUGCUCGAAAUAGCAGGUUUGCCGCAGUCACAGUUCAAAAACGUAAUAUUCGAAAUAACGCCUACGGGCAACGACGGAGUAUUUACGGUGCGAGGUAAAUUUAUGGGCGUGGAGAUGGAAAAAAUUGAGGUUGAUGUUACAAAUUUGCUUACACUGCAAUACGAGGGCUCGUCCAUCAUGAAUAUGUUUGGUAAAGCGAAGAUCAAUGUUAAUUUAUUGCUGUAUUUACUUAACUGUAAAUAUUAUGGUAAAAAAUAGUAUCACGAAUCAAUUGUCAAAGAUGUGGAAAAUCAGUUAACUUUUGUUAUGUAUUUUAUUUGCUUUCUCAUAAUCAAAUGUAUUCGCACUAUUUUAAUUUUCUGGUCAAAGAAAAUACCCUAAUUAUUGUAUCAAAUUUUUAAAAGGAAGUAGAUCUAAGUUUUAAAUGUAAGUGAUUUGUCGAUUGUGAAAGUUGAAAAAAUUUGUAAAAUCAAUUAUACGAUAUGGCGUUUCAUUGAUAAGUUUUCAUGCGAUAUUUAUUCUAGUUGUGUAUGUGUAUAUCAUAAUUUUAUAUAUUUUUAUACAUUCUUUUAAAAUAAAAAUUUUUACAUCCAUAAUCUUGAAGUUUUCCGAAAGUUUCCCUCCAAGUAAUAUGUGUCACAAAAUAAUACAAAGGUUUUUAUCCACUACGUAUAUUACUUUCUGAAAUGUCUGCGCGACAGUACAGCAAAUUGUUUACUUAUAUUAUACAAAAAGUGGAUUUUCACAAAUAUUGUUUUGAAGUUUAAAAUUUUUUACAUUAUUUUGCUGCUCGCUUCAGCAACAUACACAAUAAAAAAUACAAUACAUUUUAUUUAAAAAAUCACCUUACUUUGGAUUUCAGUAUUGGCAAAUGACCCAAAUGUUCACAAUAUUGAUGAUUUUUUGGAUGAUGUAUUUUAAGCCAAGUCUAAAAAUCAAUGGUGGAUCUGAAGUAUUCGACAAGUAAAGGAGUGUUCGAAAGUUUAUAGCGAAUAGGAAAAAUAUAGGGGAAUAUUUGUUAUGUCCUUGAGAAGCCGAAGUUUUUCCUUUAAAAUUUCUAAAAAGCUUUGUUACCUAUGUAUUCAUCAAGUUUUCUUAAAACGCUUUAUGUACAAAUUUCUACAAUGAGAUCCUUAAAAACAAUUUUGUUUUAAGGAAACGACAAAAUUUUUUCUGUAUUUUUCGUUUUAAAGAAAGAUAUCGUUUCAGGAGCUUUAUCAUGUUCAUUAAAAUAUAUCUAUAAAAUUAACUGUUUUGAUCGCUGUGCUAUUGUUCUUCUGCAAGUCUUCUCCUCAUCUGAAAAUGGUAUUCGGGUAAAGAAAAGUGACUAUUUUUAUAGACCUUUGGUUAAUGAUUUCAAAACCACUUAAGCGUUAGUUUUUUGCUUAUAAUUUUUUCCAAAAUAUUCGCAAAUUAUCGCUCCGAACCUCCCGAUUUGCUGUUGUGAAAAAUUUCUUAUUACAUGCAAAAGAAAUUAUGUCGUAAAAAAUUAUUCAACUUUUGUAAUACUUACACAA